UUAUUUGACAGUAGAAGUGUGUGGGGAGGCAGGGAGCUCCGGGGGUCUCCGGUUGGUCCAUGAGCGAUGGAAGCGCGCCCCCGACACUUCAGGUGAUCGAUCGAGAGGGAAGCAGAGAGGAGCGGGACGCUGGUCGCUGGUGCGUCGCGUUAGAGAAACAGCAAAGAGUUGGAGGAAAAUGACUUGUGUUACGUCGCCCGGAGCGCCCGCUUCGCUGACAGCAUGUCUGCUCUUCGUUGCGGGAUGUUUCGCACAGAAAGUGUACUUUGACUGCGGUGCCAGGGUGGAUGUGGUGGACGUUCAGGGCCUCAUUUUGUCUCCUGGCUUCCCCUACAACUACUCCUCUGAAGAAGACGAAGAGGCAGCAGCAGAGGAAAGAGAGAAGGUCACCCCUACCGGCUUAUCCGCUAACAAAAGCUUGUCGGCAGCCGCAAAACCAGCGCUUCAGAGUCCAGGGGAUCUUUUAAAGACUUCCCGAGAUGGUGUUCCUAAUCAAGUCGUGGUCCAGGAACAGUCUACAAAAAUGGAGAUUGCCAAAGUUUCAAAUUCUGCCAAAAGAUCUGCAGACCUGUCCUCUAGUCAGUCUUCAUUGGCCCCUUCUUCCCUCCUUCUCCUACCUGGUGCUGCACCACCUGCAGACACGGUCAACAACUCCAUCUCUGCCUCUCCCUCAAAUGAAAAUCUCAGUCCCACUUUGAACCCAAGCGCGGUUAUGGCGGACACCACCUAUGGCUCACCACCCUCCACAGGAACUCCUCCUGUGAGCCCUGAAACUCAGCAGUCCAUCUUUGACGCCUGCCCCCACGACGUCCUCUACAUCUCAGACCUCAUCACCUUUUCUUCUAGGUUCUGCGGGUCCAACCGCCCUCCCAGCAGCCAGCUGGUUUUUGGCUCAAGCCAAGAGAUGGUGGAGGUCAUCAUGGAGCUGAUCACCACCACCCACUGGGGACGUGGAUUCGCGCUUCUGUUCCACUACCACAACCUUACCGAGCCGGGAGGGGACCAACGAACCACGUCCCCAUCAGGCGGCAAGGUGGACUCCCUUCUUGCUGCUGUGAGCGGAGCCGCUUUCUUCGCUCUGAUACUCACAACUGUACUCUGCAUCAUUUUCAGACCCAAACUGUGUCCAAAAAGAGCCAGUUCCUGCACAUCCAGCAACUCUGAGGUCGCAGAGGGAGUCCAGAGCGUUGCCGCCGAGAUCAGUGAGCUCCAACUGAUGGCUGAGAAUCAAGAUGGUCCGGAGAUGAUCGCAGAGCCGGACAUCGACAGCAACCAGCCCCGUGCAGUCGCUGCUGAAGGCGAUGCGCCCCGGACUGCAGACGUGGAGCUCUCCUGCAGCGGUUUGACUGAACUUGAUCUCGGUGCAGAUGAGGUUUUCAUUGUAUCACCAGCUGCUUGCCCAAGCCGGCUGCCCUUCUAUCCUCAUGCACAGCGGGAGAGGUUCCUGCGACACAGCGACACCGGCCCCGGUCCUUCAUGCGACUCGCCCUCAGCGGACCCCAACAACUCGCCGGCCGGGGCCAGGUCCUUUAAGGAGAGCAUCUGCUCGCGGCCGAGAGCGUGGAGCGUACGCACCUUCCAGGACUUCCUGCCUCCGCUGCCGCAGCUUCACAGGAAGUGGUGCAGCUGGAACUCCACCAGCCCCUUCACCAAGCUGGUGGACAACACGCCAUCCGGUUUGAUCCCCGACCACAAAGAAAGCAACAGCAGGAAGGUGUUCUCCGACGCCCACCUGGAGGCCCAGGCGAACACCAGCAUCGUCUCCGACUCCUCCACCAGCAACGCCUCCUACCCCACACAGCGCCAGCGCCGCCUCAACUCCACCAGCAACUUGCGCCGCUCCCGCUUCACCGGGCCGUGUUUCGGCCUUCUCUCCGAAACAAAAGCUCCACCGAAGGGGGGCGGCGUCCCCCCGGGCUGCGUCGCCUCGGAGGCCGGCCCUGGCUCCUCUUCCUCCUGCUCUUCCUCCUCCUCUUCCGCUCAGGGCCACGUCGAGAGCGCGCCAGCCGGAAAGAGGCUGGAGUUCCCGGGUGAGGGCGAUCACAUCAGCGUGCCGGUGUUCGCCAUCUCCGAGGAGGAGGACAGGCAGCCGCUGGUCUGGGCUCAGCACCCGGAGCAGACGAACGGACCGGUCAGGGCGAAGCACGAGAGCAAACGGGCUCCCGCGGGCGGCGUCAGCCCCAAGAGGGUCAGGCCGGAGUGGAGGCCGUGGGGCAGUCAGGCGUCGGGGGGCGCCGCUCCGCCAGCGUCAGGAGCGUUCAACGAGUCGGGCGCGCUGAAGAACGGCCAGCCGUCCGCGAGUCUGUCCGCGGGGCUGUGCUCCGUCACAAACCACAUGUGACCAGGAGCCGAGGAGACGAGACUGUGCUGACCGAGACCCGGAUUUCUGAACUAGUGGUACUGUGAAAACAACAAGAAACAAAUUUUUUCCCCCUCUGACAUCAACUUUUACAAACGCCACUCUGCACUGCAAAAACGCCCCAAGUAUGUUUGGUCCAGUUUCCAGUGCAAAUAUCUUAGUAGACUUGAAAUAAAGACUGAACUAAAUUUAGAGCAAGAAGUAGAAACUUUAUUUAAGUCAAUAAUUUAAUAUUGAUGAAAAAGCUUGUGCUAUAACUGUUAAUACAAAAAUUAUAUUAAAAGUUAUCAUUAGAACUUUUGUAUUGAAAGUUGCCGUUUUCCUCCAAAUUAUAAUUUAUAAAAUGGGAAACAUCUCUUGUUCCACUGGCAGAUUAAAAUUAUUACUUUUUCAUAAAAAUUAAAAAAAUGAGCUUAAAACAAGCUCCUAUUUCUAGCUGAAAAGCUUCUUUUAAGACAGUUUUGUCUUGUUUCAAGCGUACUACGAUAUUAUUCGGUACUACAAGAAACCAAACCAAAAAAUACUUGGCAAGAUUUUGCGCUGGCUUAUUAUUUCAUAUAUUCACAUAUAUAUAUAUAUAAAAGUUCUUGGACAAAGAAAAAGCUGUUGAUUUUCUAGAGGUAUUGAUUUGGUUAAAAGCACGAACGGCGUUUCUUCCAUUUCGUUUAGUUCCUGUAUUUCAGUCGCUGCACUUUCCUGCGGUUCUCCGUGUGGUCACCAUCGCUUUUUACCCACAAGUAUUGUGUAGGGCAUAGACGAAUCAUUUAUAUCAUUGUCACGUUUGUGUACGCGUUCUCCUACGACUGAUGACGGAUUAUAAAAGGGAAGUUGGACUACUAUAUAAAGUGAGAAUAGAGACCGUUAUCUAGUACAGAGCACUUAAACGUUAGUUGUUCAUAUGCAAGUAAAGGUUCAAUAAACAUGCUACUGUUAACAUCUGGUGUUCUUAAUUUAGCAAAAAAAAAAACCUCCAAAAAGUUCUUGGAUGUUUUAACUGAAAUUGUGAACGUCCCGUGAAGGUUUUAUCGUUUCUGAUCAUUUAGAAUAUCGCUAAAAAUCCCAUUUAUUUUAUAAGUACAUACAUAUAUUCUUUUUUUUAUAUAUAAAAUUUAUAGAAGAUGAGAAAUGUGUUCCUGUUCCAAGCGACUGAAUCCUCUGUGUGCGUGGUCGAUACUUUUACAUCGUCAAACAGAAACACAUCUAAAACAUGCCAGUUCAUCGUUUGGCUGUAAAAUACAUUUUAAUCAUGAACAAAAACGGCAACCCAGACUUCCUUUGAACUAUAUAAAUUUUUAUUAUAUUUAAAUGAUCAGAAGUCAGAGCUACAGGCAUUUCAAACACAGUUUCAGUACUGCCGACACCACGUGACGAAACGUACAUUUCCCAAAGUCCACGGCUAAUUCCCGCAUCUCCCUACUGAUCUAUGAUUCAACUAGAGCUUGAUUAUGAUCUAGAUUCAUUCUUAAAAUAGUGCAAUGCAUCCAAGCGUUACAGGCAUUUAGAAAGAUUUACAUCCUCCUUUACAGAGGAAGCACAUGCAGCUUCUCUCUGUUGUCCUUUUUGAAUCCAAACAUCUUUCAUAUCUAUUACGAUGAGGUAGAAUGAAACCUGCUGAUUUACUCCUGAGCACCUUCGUCUGGACUUUUCUAUUUAAUUGAUUUUUUUUGCAGAACAAAAAAAAUUAAAAAAUUUACAGCACCCCUCAAAAGCCGCUAAUACCAGUUCCUCAUUGGCGCGGCUUGGGAUUGUUGUUAGCUCAGCCGGAUCUCCCGCAGCUAAUAAUUAAAACUCGUCUGCAGGGGGGGAAUUGACCAGGCUUGUGCCAAGCGGCUGAGCUGCUAAAGAAUGCAUAUCUAGACUCGGCAUGAAAUAAAAACAAUAUAUAUUAAAAAUUAAAGUACAGAAAACAGUGACCUAACCCCACACACAAAAGGUAGAAACAGGAAAGUGCCCUUAAACUACUUUUCCUCAUUGAUUUUACAGGCACCAUAAAACUAAAUAUGAUAAAAGUCACAUGUACAUCAGAAAUUAACUUUCUUAUACUAUAAAGGAAUUUUGUUGGUGCGGAAGUCUCCAUUGUAUCGUGGAAUUCAUCUUUCUGUACAAUUAAAACCCAGAUAUUGUAGGCAGUUUAUUUUCAAUACGCCAAGUACAGAAUGUCUUCGGAUGUUUAAUAAUGUUUUGAACUUUCUCUUAAGUGUGAGAAACUUGAGUAAAGAUCGUCCAUGUCCAAUAAAAAAAAAAAAAAAAAAAACCCAAAGCAAUUCUGCAUAAAUUUCAAAAAUCAAUAAGAAAUCCAUGUGAAACUUAGCCUUUCUAAGGCCUGCUUUAUGCAUUUCUACUUUUUUACAUCCAUCACUGUUUUCAACACACUAAUAAACGGAAGAUUAGUGAUACGUCUAGAGUUUUAAUAUAAAAAAAACAAACUUUAAAUCUACCAUAUAGAAGUGUCAACUAGACAGAAACUAGAAACCAAGCGUGAUUUGUCCAGUUGUUACAUUAACAAUCUGAGAUAUUGAUAGUCUUAAAGAGGAUGUCAGUGCGCUUCAGAUUCUCCCCCCUGCCCAUUUUUGCAAAGAAAGUCUCAAAAUAAAAAGUGUUGUGUACCUGAGGAGCGAUAAGAGAAAAAUCAACAGAGAUCCAACGCUCUGAUGAGAGAGGUAAGAUGAAUGCGCAUGCCGCGUCUCUUAUUGGCUUGAUCCGCUUCCUGUAAACGCGGCCGAGAGUCGCAGCUGCUUUGACUUCUUGUUGCUUUUCUUCCCUGAAGUUCUACAGAAGGAAGUAACGCAUUUCAUCACACAGAUUAGCCCUUACUACACGGCAACAACAAACUGUCACACUGGAUCACAAUGUGUGUGUGUUUUUUCUUUUGCCUGGAAACGUGGUGAUAUAAGCAGGAAAAAAAAAAAAAUCCCUAAGCGGUAAUAUUUUACUGGUUAAUGCUAGCAACAUAUAGCAUUGUGAUGGGCUGUUUGAGACUGAAAAUACUUUACUGCUCCGGUGACCCGUACAGGUGGAUCUGAAUAGGUUGGAAGAGUAAAGAGUAAGUAACUCAAUAUGAAAAAAAUCAGACUUUUUGUUCCUUCCACUAAACUUUCCAGAUCUUUUUAGCAAUCAUCUUUUGUGGCUUACUUUCAAUGAAAACAGUUCUGCUGGUAGCCUUAUAAGUGAUUGUGUUUGCCAUGACAUCAAAUCAGAAAAUACUGCAAAUUACCAAUUUUUCCAUUUUUCCUCCUCCCUCAAGUAAUUUUUGGGUUUUCGUUCAUUUCAAGCUGCAAUUGCUCAAAAAAACAAAACAAA